GGGGAAAACUGGCGGCCCGAAAGAUGUCUGCCAUAUACGGGGAUAUCCGCGUGCAGAAACAGCGUCAGAGGCGAGCAGCACUCGGUAAAGAUCGUCGCUCGAGCGCGAAUGGGAGGGGGUGGGGGACAGUAGCGUGAACCGCAGCUAGACUCCUUUUUCACGCUGCCUGCCAAAGUCAGUCUCCGUGUUGUAGUGGUCGGCGCCGCUGCGAGAGCUAUAUACGAGUGGUCCCAGCAGCUGUGCAUCAUGUGCAGUAGUAGCAGCGGACGACGACGACGACGACGACGACAAUGAUAUAGAAAUUCAUUGGCUGCACGCAUUAUAUAGAAAAUACGUACUCGAGUUGAAGGAGCCAAGCCUCGAUCUCGCUCUCUCGUGCUGUGUCUUACCACCGAUGCCUCUCAGUGACCAAAAAAAAGUCCAGAAAAAUAACAAAAACACAUCGCUCGUUAUUGUUGUGCUUGAAAAUUUAGUUGCUCGCUCCUCAGCUGUUACCGAGUAGUUUUUCUCUUUCUCUUCUACGAUAUCGCGCGAGUGAUCCCCAACAAUAGAUAAGGCAUAAUUGUUUUUAUGCCUAGAUUUGAGUGCGUUCGCGAGCAUCGAGUAGCAGCAGCAUCAGUAUAAGCAGCAGCAGCAGCGUCGAGUUAUAUAUGAUUUUACGGUUCAGUGCUUCGGCUGCAGCAGCGCAAGCCAGCUACGCCGCCGCCGCCACCGCCGUCGACUCGGUGUGUUGUUGCUGGCCAGCAGCAUCGUGAUAUACAGUGCCCCGUACAGUGCAAAGCAGCCAGAGGAGAUUUAACAUCGGCGCAACGGGAGAGAGAGUUUGCACGAGGCCUCGUGCACUCAUACAUAGAUCUCUUCUCUAUAAUAUAAUAAGAGUUACAACGAGUCGAGAUGGCCGACGAAUCUAGCGUGCGCGUCGCAGUGCGAAUCCGGCCGCAAAUAGCCCGAGAAGUCAUCGACAUGUGCAGGGUGUGCACGGUCGUGCCGGCCGGCGAGCCCCAGGUCUACCUUGGCCCGGACAAAGCCUUCACCUACGACUACGUCUUCGACACGAACUCGGACCAGUCGGGCAUCUACGAGACGUGCGUGGCCAGGCUCGUGGAGGGCGCCCUCGACGGCUACAACGCCACCGUGCUCGCCUACGGCCAGACGGGCUCCGGCAAGACCUACACCAUGGGCACGGGCUUCGACGUCGAGAUCGACGAGCACAUCGUCGGCAUCAUACCCAGGGCGAUCAAGCACCUCUUCGACGGCAUUGCCGAGAAACAGCAGAGGGCCAGGGAACGAGCUCAGAUGCCUCCCGAGUUCAAGGUGUCGGCUCAAUUUCUCGAGCUUUACAACGAGGACUUGAAAGAUCUGCUGUCGCCGGGUGGACCGCGAGGUGGAGCCCGCAUCCACGAGGACACGGCGGGCAACAUCCACUUGGCCGGCGUCGAGUCUCGCAACGUCUCGAGUCCCCAAGAAGCUCUGGAGUACCUGCGGAUGGGUGCCUUGUCGCGAACCACCGGCUCCACGCAGAUGAAUACCCAGUCGUCGCGAUCUCACGCCAUUUUCACCCUGUACAUAAGGCAGGCCAGAUGCGUCGGUAUGGACGACCCGGACGCCGACGUCGACACGACCAGCAGCAACGGCCAGAGCAACGCCAUGGAGACCAACAGCAGCGAGCUCGAGACCCUCACGGCUAAAUUUCACUUCGUCGACUUGGCCGGCUCGGAACGACUGAAAAGGACCGGCGCGACCGGUGACAGAGCCAAAGAGGGAAUAUCCAUCAACUGCGGAUUGUUGGCGCUCGGCAACGUCAUCUCGGCCCUGGGCGACAAGACGAAAAAAGCCCUGCACGUGCCUUACAGAGACUCCAAGCUGACGAGGUUGCUGCAGGACUCGCUGGGUGGCAACAGCCAGACCUGCAUGAUAGCCUGCGUCUCGCCGAGCGAUCGGGACUUCAUGGAGACCCUGAGCACGCUCAAGUACGCCAAUCGCGCGAGAAACAUCAAGAACAAAGUCAUGAUCAAUCAGGACAAGAGCUCGAGGACCAUUGCCUCUUUGAGGCGCGAGAUACAAUUGCUGCAAAUAGAAUUGUUGGAGUACCGGCAAGGUAAAAGAAACGUGGGCGAAGAUGGGGUUAACGACGCCUGGCACGAGAAUCAAAUGCUCAACAGCGAACUUUCCAGCUUGCGGACCCGCGUCAAGGCCUUAUCGGAAACGGUCGAGGCACUCACGGCCAAAAAUGCACUCUUGCUCGCGGAGAAGGCCUCGGGUCUUUGGGCCAAUUCCGGCAAUUCGGCCGACGACGUUACCGGACUGGUUCAAGGCUACCUCCAGGAGAUCGAGGAGCUCCGAGCUCGACUCCUCGAAGCCGAGGCUCUUUAUCAGCAGUUGAAAAAACGCCAGAUGCAUCUUUCAUAUGGAGUAGAUAGCCAAUUUGAAAACCUACAGAUAAACGCUGCGAGCAAUCCGUACAACAAUGACACGAUGUCGCACGUGCUGCACGGAGACUCGGCCUCUUUGAUUAUGGACGCGAAGAAAGAGUUGCAAAAAGAAAAGGCUCUGUUGGCCAGCUUGAAAAAUCAACAGUCUCACAACUCAAAUAUUAGCCCGAGGGAGAGCGGCGGCGGUGGCGAUGCCGACGAUGGCGACAUGGACGACACCGAGAACGGCCAUGAAUCCAUGAGCGAGGACGAGUCCGACGACGAGGAUAGGAAAGAAGAAGACGAAGUAGAAGAGGCAAUGGGCCGAGAACUCGAGAAUCUAACGUCAAACAUCGACGUUAAACAGCGCUUGAUCCAGGAACUCGAACUAUCGCAACGCAGGCUACAAACGAUGAAACAGCACUACGAGGAUAAGCUAGCGCAGUUGCAGGCUCGUAUUCGCGACACGCAAGAAGAACGCGACAAAGUACUGACGUCGCUGACGCUGCAGCCGUCUGCCCCGACGGAAAAAGUCCAAAAGCUGCGCUCCGAGUACGAGAAGCGACUCUUGGCAAUGCAAAAGGAAGUGAAAAUGCUGCAGUCGGCGAAAAAAGAGCACGCGAGACUGCUCAAGAGCCAAUCGCAGAACGAGACCCGAUUGAAGGGCCUUCGCAACGAGCUAGCCGAGAUGAAACGUGCCAAGGUGAAACUGCUGAACAAGAUGCGCGAAGAAGCUCAGAGGCACAAAGAGAACGAACUGAAGCGCAACCGAGAAAUAGCUCAACUGCGCAAAGAGAGCCGCAAGAACGCCAACAUGAUACGCUCCCUCGAAGCGGACAAGCGCAUGAAGGAGGUCGUACUGAGGCGCAAACAAGAGGAAGUCACAGCGCUGAGAAAGCGGGACCGUGGCUUGAGCCACAAAGUCGCGGGCAGGACGCCAGCAGUGAAGAAUCCCAAUCCCAAGGCACUGAAGCAACGAUGGCAGACCUUCGAGAGAACCAUCGCCAAGCAGGCUUUGGCCAAGCAAGCUGCGACCGAGACCGAGCGAGAAAUGGAGAGACUGCUGCAAGAACGAGAGGAACUUGGUAGGGAGCUCGAGAAAUUGAAGAAACACAGACUAGUAGUCGCUUCCACAAAGGAGGAUACGACAGACCUCGACGAGGAAAUCGACAACGUCACCAGCAAAAUCAGCUACCUACAGGACAGUAUAUCGGAAUGUCAAAGAACAAUGGUGGAAAUGGGAGACGCGGACGGCGAGGCAGAAGGUGAGCCCGGUAUCGAGGCUCUGCUCGGCACUGUUAAAACCGUCGACGAGGCUCAGUACCUCAUGCAACGAAUGCUGGCCUUUACCAUCGAACAGAGCUACAUUGCGGCUCAGAAACAGCUCGAAGCACGCGACAUGGAAACUAGGUUGAAUCAAGUGGCACAGGAGAGCGAUGUGCAGCACCAGCUGCUCGAGCACGUGCUCAAAGAGAGAGAUCUGCUUUCGUUGACGAACAGCAACCCACCGAACAAUACAACAGCGGCCUACAGUCCACCGAGUUCGCGUAGCUCGUCGCCCGACAACGAAAGUAUGACUCAAAGUAUUGGUCCAGAUGACAAGCAUCGAAGCAUCAAGGUUCGAAGGAGGACGACCCAACCGCAAGAAUUACUUUACGGUGUAACGGAUAAUCACAAAAACGAUGAGCACCAUAACAAUCAAAAUCAAAAUCACAAUCAUCCGCUCACUAGGGUACCUAGUGCUCCUGGAAGUCUCAAGGGUUUGGUACUAGCGAGGAAUCAAUUUGGAAGUGGUUUACUGAACGGCGGCUCGCCGACGAUGUCGCGACGCGACAACAGCAUCUCGCCACGGCCUCUGCGCCGAGCACUUGCGGGUGGUGGCUCUAUGGAGCAGGUAGCCCUUAUGGACACAUCAUCUCCUCCUGGUUCACCGACAACCUACCGACGUUUCAACAGCCGAGAAGAGAAUGUAUUUUCAAGACUGACAGCUAGUCGGCAGACGCUUCACGUUGAGCAUCAACCCACCAAAGGCGUAAUUUCGAAUUAUCAGGGGAAAACCGUACCUAGAGCAAUACUUCAUUGUACACACGUUGCAGAAGGUCACAGCAAAGCCGUCCUAUCGAUUUGUGCGACGAACGAUUUACUUUUCAGUGGCUCUAAAGACCGUACCGUGAAGAUUUGGGAUCUCGGCACAGGUAUCGAAAAUAUGUCAUUGACAGGCCACCCAAACAACGUCGUGGUCGUCAAGUACUCCCAAAUACAUCGGUUGCUCUUCAGCGUUUCUGCCGCCUACGUCAAGGUCUGGGACAUACGUGCCGGUAGUAACUGCGUUAAGACCCUUUUCUCUUCUGGUCAGGCUCAAUCGGGUUCGAUUAAUUUCUCCACACCUUCGCGGACACUUCAAGUGCCUGUCGGCGAAACGACUAUCAACGAUUUGGCCUUGGGUCUCGACGAUCGCGAACUCUACACCGUGUCUAGCGACAAGAUUCGCAUUUGGGAUCUGAGAAAAUUGGCCUACGUAGGUAAAUUGAACACUCCACAUGCUGCAGCCGUUAUGUGUCUGAACGUUUCCGACGACGGCAGAGUCAUUACAGGAAGCAAGGAUCAUUUGAUAUCCUUGGUUGAGCCUAAUAUGUCAGGCCAAGCUUUAAGCUUGUCUCCGCCGCAUUAUGAUGGCGUCGAGUGCCUAACUACUUAUGGAAACACAUUAUUUUCUGGUUCGAGAGACAUGUGCAUUAAACGAUGGGACCUCAGGCGAAUGGAACUCGUCCAAUCGAUCAAUAACGCGCACAAAGACUGGAUUCUAGGAAUGUGCCUUAUCAAUAAUGGCUCAGUCAUGAUAUCAGGUUGUCGAGGUGGUAUGCUCAGAGCUUGGUCAGUGCCCCGAUAUAGCGACCAAAUGGGUGAAUGCACAUUAAUCGGCGAAGUUAAAGCUCACACUUCAGCUAUUAACGCAACGGUUACGAACCAACAACACAUCUUUACAGCCAGCAACGAUGGCACUGUGAGGCUCUGGACCAACAAGAGAGACAGCAACAGGACUACUUUUCAAAGAAGCCACUCUCUAAAAUGCUAACACGAAGUAUUUUAUUUAUUAUUUAAUAGUUUAUUGUCGCUUAUUUCUGCUUACCGCAUAUUUACCAAUCGAUACGGUAGGGAUCUAAGCGAAAAAUACGUUAAUUAGAGCGAACAAAGAAAAGAACAAAUUUAAUUGCGGCUCGUUAUGCAAGAUAUUCGUAACGAACGUAUCACUGGCUGCUAUUUAUACCCAUGCAAUAAAGAAAAAAAAUGACAGAAAGUACUUGCGUUUCUGAGUACUUUUAUCAAAAGAAUUAAAACAUGGUAUGAUAUAUGUAUACACUAUGAUGAACUUUUUAUACUGCGUGUAACGUUAUAAUUAUAAGUGCAUAAAAUAAUUAAUGGUGAAUAGAUUGUAAGUAGAAUUUUAAUGAAAUUUUGAUUGAGAUUUAUUAUGAAACAGUAUGUGUAUGAUAUAAUCGUGGUAGUCUGCGAAUCCAACCCCUCGUGAUAUUUUAUAAACUUGAAAAAGCAUCGCAAUGUUACCAAUGAGUCAUGAAUACGUGAAAGGUGUUUGUUUUUAUAUACAGUGUAAUUUUUCAUUCAAACUAAUGUUUAAUCCACCAAAA